AUGGCUUUCAACAAUUUCUUCCGCAAAGCGUACUGGACUCUUGCGGCCUGCGGCCUUGCAUAUGCGUUGUUGAUCGGGGCCUUGACACAUCCUACAGUCCAAAGGAAUGCGACUUAUGCCCAUAAUAUCAAUCCGACAUAUUUCCAGGAUCUGGACAAUACUGAGCAAUUCGGCUUCUUGCGUCAUCAGAUUCAGCCCUUUACAGUUACGACCCCAGACAAUGUCACGCUCUUUGCAUGGCACAUUCUUCCCCUUCACCUUUAUCGGGGACAUGAGCAAUCCUUGACAUCCCAAGAAGACUUUGGGCUCAAACCGUGGAAUGAAGCCAGAAAGACAGAAGGCUUGAGACUGCUGCUAGAGGAUCCUGACGCAACCAUUGUGGUAAGCUUCCAUGGUAAUGCGGCUCACCUUGCGUCCGCGUAUCGUCCUCCUACCUAUCAACAAAUCUUGAGCAGCUCGACCUCAGACAAACCUGUCCAUGUCAUUACUUUCGACUAUCGAGGGUUUGGUCUGAGCACAGGCAGUCCAACCGAAGAUGGGGUAGUACAAGAUUCUAUCACAAUACUGUCUACCCUCACUGGACUUGGGGCUGAUAGCAGCAAUGCUAAGAAAGGGGUAGACCCAUCUCGGAUCAUCCUUUUUGGCCAGUCGAUGGGAACUUUCAUUGCUACUGCGACCUAUCAUGAAUGGGUACUGAGACUUGGACAGGCCCCGUUCAAGGCUUUGGUACUCAUUGCCAGCUUCACCUCGUUGAGAGAGCUUCUCGAAAGUUAUUCUAUCAAAGGAAUCACGCCCCCAUUACUGUCUCCAUUACUUCCCUACCCUCGCCUCCAGCAGUGGAUUCUCGGAAAGAUCGUGGACAAGUGGGAGACGACGGAUAAACUGGCAGAGCUCGCAGCUAAUUCCGACGUUGAGCUCCGCUUGACAAUGCUGCAUGCUCGCGACGAUUGGGAGAUCCCAUGGCGUCAAGGACGCGCCAGCUGGGAUAGAGUGCUGCAAGCCGCCUCCAAGGGCGACAUUGGCUUCUCCAGGAAUCUGGAUCACGAAGAGUGGAAAAGCGAGGACGGGAAGAAGCAAUUUCAGUGGAUGCGCCUUCGACAUGGAGGGCACAACAGAAUCCCUACCAGUGAACACGCCAAGCUGGUCUUGUUGGGUCUGUUAGACGGAGAGUAA